UGGGCGGGGAAAGGCGAUCAGGUCGGGCCCGCCUGGCUCUCCUAACCUGGCAGCGGCCAUCUCGGAGCUGACGUCCCCGCCUGCCCUGAGCGACCUCGCGCCCCGCGGCCCCGGAGCACCUGUGCCCCCGCGCCCUCCGGCUCCACCAGCUUCCUGGACCCGAGCUUUCCCAGUGACGUCAUACGCGGAGACUUCCGGUUCCCGCUCCCCAGGUCGGGCCCUCACGUGCGGGCGGUUCCAGCGGCGGCUCCUGCAGUCUUAAUGGAAGGGCCGGCCCCCGGGGAGGACGGUGCAGAAUCAACAGCCUCCACCCUAUCCAGAGAUUAAACUCCAUGAAACCAUUGCAUUUGUGCCUUGUCACACAUGGGGAAAGCAAAAGAGAAUGAAAAGGCACUCAGCUAGGUGGUGUUACUUUGAGCAUCUAGGCAAUUCUUCAGACAGUCAUCAUGGGUAUUCGAGGACUAAUGAGCUUUGUGGAAGAUCAUAGUAAUGAGUUCUUCACUGAUUUGAAGUUAAGAGACACAAAAAUUGUCAUUGAUGGCUACGCUCUCUUCCACCGGCUUUGCUUCAACUCAAACUUGGAACUUCGGUAUGGAGGAGACUAUGAUUCUUUUGCAGAUGUUGCACAAAAAUUCUUUGAAUCACUGUUGGCUUGUAAUAUCUGUCCAUAUGUUGUAUUAGAUGGAGGAUGUGAUAUUUCCGAUAAAAAACUUAAAACUUUAAAGGAUCGAGCUAGGGAGAAGAUCCAGAUGGCUCAUUCCCUUUCUGUUGGUGGGGGUGGGUAUGUGUGUCCUUUACUCAUCCGGGAAGCAUUCAUACAGGUUUUGAUCAAGCUACAAGUGUCUUUUGUCCAGUGCUUCUCAGAGGCAGAUCGGGACAUUAUGACACUGGCUAAUCAUUGGAAUUGCCCUGUGUUAUCAUCAGAUAGUGACUUUUGCAUCUUUGACCUAAAAUCGGGGUUUUGCCCCUUAAAUAGCUUUCAGUGGAGAAAUGUGAACACUAUUAAAGGCACACAAGACUGCUAUAUCCCUGCCAAAUGCUUUUCCCUUGAUGCAUUGUGCCAUCACUUCAGCAACAUGAAUAAAUCUCUACUACCUCUUUUUGCGGUGCUAUGUGGAAACGAUCAUAUUAAUCUACCCAUCAUAGAGACAUUCUUAAGUAAAGUGCGUCUUCCUCUUGGAGCUACCAGUUCUAAGGGGAGGAGACACCACCGAGUUCUGGGACUUCUGAAUUGGUUAUCUCAUUUUGCUGACCCUACUGAAGCACUCGAUAAUGUUCUGAAAUAUCUCCCAAAAAAGGAUCGUGAAAAUGUUAAGGAAAUUCUCUGCUGUUCCAUGGAAGAAUACCAGCAAUCUCAGGUGGAGCUGCAAGACUUUUUCCAGUAUGGUACUUAUGCUUGUCCAGCAGCCUUGAAUCUGGAUUUACCCGAAUGGGUAUCAGUGGCUUUGGCCAAAGGCCAGCUCUCUCCUUUCAUCAGUGAUGCUUUGGUGCUAAGACGGACCAUUCUGCACACACAGGUAGAAAAUAUGCAGCAACCAAAUGCCCACAGAAUAUCUCUGCCCAUCCGGCAAAUCAUUUAUGGGCUGCUUCUGAAUGCUUCUCCACAUCUGGAAAAUACAUCCUGGAAUGCAUUGCCUUCUCAGCCUCUAGCUUUCAGUGAAGUGGAAAGGAUUAAUAAAAAUAUCAAAACAUCAACUGUUAAUGCAGUAGAACUGCCCAAGGAUCAUUCUGACUUAAGCAAAUUGACUGAGCUCUCGUUGGCCAAACGUCAGAUACUUCUGUUAGAAACUCUGAAGGUGAAACAGACCAUCCUGGAACCAAUCCCUUCUUCAUUGAAGCUGCCCAUUUCUGUCAGUUGCUAUUGGUUGCAGCACACAGAGGGCAAGGCAAAGCUACAUCACCUUCAGGCCUUACUGCUAGGGAUGCUGAUGGGGCCCUUGCAUGCCAUAAUCAACAGCCCUGAUAAGGAAGAUCUGCGGGAGGAUGGUGCUAGGAUGUUGUAUGAAGAGUUCCAAAGAGUGAAGGAGCAGACGCGGCCGGGCACGAGACUGGACUUAGACACAGCUCACAUCUUCUGUCAGUGGCAGUGCUGUCUGCAGAUGGGGAUGUAUCUCAAUCAGCUGCUGUCCACUCCUCUCCCGGAACCAGACCUAACUCGACUGUAUAGUGGAAGCCUGGUGCAUGGACUAUGCCGACAGCUGCUAACAUCAACUUCUGUAGAGAGUCUCCUGAGCAUGUGCCCUGAAGCAAAGCAACUAUAUGAACAUCUGUUUAAUGCCACAAGGUCAUAUGCCCCUGCUGAAUUAUUCCUACCAAAGGGUAAAUCAAAUUCAAAAAAAAAAAGGCAAAAGAGACACAGUACCAGCUGGUCAAAAAACAGAGUGGGAACCACCUCAGACACUAGAUGCUGGUAUGAGGGAAGCAAUCGGUUUGGGCUAUUAAUGGUUGAAAACUUGGAGGAACAUAUUGAGGUCUCGGAGCUUGAAUAAACUCAGUCUGCAACCAGAAUUAUAAUCCUUAAAACUUCUGUUACCUUCCCCUUGAAAUGAUUAACUAUUCAGAAUCUGUUAGGGGAUAAACAUUUUAAGAGGCAACCUUUGAGUCCCAAGGUAUUUUGUAUUCUGCUUUUAAUAAAUACAACCUAAUUUCAAGAAACUUCUGUAUUUUCUUAAACGCACUUAAAAACAUGUUUGUACUUCUUACGUUCCAUUUCCGGAUAUUAAUAAUAAAUCUGUAACCUUUCCUUUGCAGCAAUUCAGCCAGCUAUGUUUCCAAAACGAAUAGAAAUCUUACUUCAGUUAUUUCCUAUAAGCAGGAACUGGGUUAUUAUCAUUUCAAAACAUUUUUUUCUCAACUGUUUCCUCUUCAUCCUUUAUUCUGAAAGGUCUGAGGCUUCGGGAGAGAAAAGUGAGGGAACCAGACAGAAAGCAAACACCUUUAAGUACUAGGGAAAUGAGACCAUAGCAGGCUUGAGGAAUACUUUAUAUGCUCCAGGUUUUUUUUUUUUUUUAAUGCUCCAGGUUUUAAAGCAGAAGUUGAAACUGUAUGGCUCCAACAAAUGAAGCAAUAGCAUCCUGAGCUCCUAGAUAGAGGAAAAGGAGGAAACACUAUGAAGAAGUUAGAAUAUUAGUGAUCUAUGCAGCAAUACCAGAAUCUUAGGUCUGAGGGAAUUGACCCAUUAAUGGGAUAUGAAAUUAAUGAGUCAUAACCAGCAUUUUUAAGUGGAAAUCAUCAGACAUGCAUAUCAUAUAUUAAACGGUUAUGCAAAAUAUAUUUCUUAUUGUGGAUUGCAGUCGAAAGACUUUGAAAGGCACUGCUCUGGAACACACUAGAGGCUGCUAAAAUUAUAAAUACUAACAGAAUUGUGAAGGUGCUGGUCAGUUCCAAAUAAAUAACUUGAAAAUAACAAGCAAGUGGAAUGAAUCUAAUUGGGCAAGAUCUAGAAGAUCUGAAGGUAGAUUCCCAGCCUUUGUUUUAUUUGCACUCAUGCAAAUCGUGUUCUUUUCUUGAACUGUACUCUCUCAAUGUUAUAUGCUAUAUUCCAUCAGUGAGAACCCUAAACAUGGUUUUAAGCUGCCAUGUAAGCUUAAACUGAACAGGCCUAUGUUCAGUUCCCAACAUCUGGCAGACAAGUCUUUCCACAUUCCUAGUGAGAACCAUACUAGGGAGUAAGCCCAGCAUCACACUUUCCAAGUGCUGACUGGCAAAAACACAAUCUUACUUGUUUCUAAAGUUUUCAGCCCUAAAGACUGGCUUCUGUUUCAAAUAAAGAGUUCUUGAAAUAAGGAAAUUUUUGUUUAUUUUAGGAGGAGUGCCUGGGGGUCUGUACCAAAGUUCUUUUUAUGUUUCUAAAGAGAUGGUUAUCCCAAAAAAAAAAAAAAAUCAAUAAAGCAGUCAUAUGCUCUAUUUUUGAUAUGUGUUUUUCCAACAAAUUGUAGAUCUAAUGGGGACUACCAGCACAUUAAGUCCUCUGUUAUAUAAAAAUUCUCUUUUUCUUGAUUCCUGCAGUUGGGGGCCAAUGUGGAAAUUACACCAAUAUGAGUCUCUUACUUCCUGGCUUUAUUAUUAACACUGCUUUUACAAACCACCAGCCUCGCAUGAAAGAUCAUUUCUACUUCCACUUUGGCAAGUACCUGGCUUGAUAGGCACCAAACUGAAGAGUGUAUGGGCUACAAAAUUUAAUUAAAAGUCAACUGAAUUUUAUCAUUCAUCUUUUUUUUUUCAUUAAAAGGAGUUUUUCAAGCAAAGGGACCCUCCUUCAGUAGACACUGAAAUCAGAUUCCUUUCUCUAGCCAUUGCAAUCAGAGCCAUUCACUUGAAUUACCCAUCCUUUUAGAGAUGGAGUUAGAAUCUAACAAUGCUCAUUAACUUUUACUCUGACAAUUAUGGAGUUACCUCAUCCAAUUAUAGAUCUUCUCCUGGAUAUAUAAGUGAGAGGUCAUAGGCACUCCAAGGUAUCUGAGGGGUUUACCAAAGAAAUAGGACAUAGUACCUGAUCCCCAAAGUCAUAUUUAGGUAAGCUACUUGGAGAAGACAACACAUAAUGAAAUAACAAGGACAUUUUAUAAAGCAAUCUGUCAGCCACAAAAUGGCAAAGUGCAGAUUGAAUGCUCAAUAAAGAGACAGCAGUCACCAGGAUGAGGGGAGGUUAAAUCACAAGAUUCUCAGAUUUGGCUCUGAGCUUGGGUUUUACUAGACAGGGAUGUAAUUCAGAGGAGAUCCUUGGGCCAUGGAAACACCUCUGUAGAAGGUUACAAAUUCCAUAUUCUAUUUGGAAAAUUUGUUUCCUAUUUUUCACAAGUCUUUAGGUCUUGCUUUUUCUGAUUCAAUUCUAGCUAAUGAAAGCUCACCUGAGGCUUUGGAAAUGUAAGUCUCCAAUUAGCAGUUUAAGUACCAAAGGGACUCUGGAUAGUUUUUUAAAAUGAAUAAAUUUUAGUAAUAAAGUUGGACAGAGAAAAACACUACAAUACAAUCAUGUUCUAUCUAGUUGUAAUAAAGUUACUUGAACUUCAUUUAGACAAGCCCUUUUUGAGAUACCUAGACCUAGAAAGUUUAAUUUAUAUAUCCUGUAACUAUAAACUCUAAAGGCUUUUCAAGAUGAUUGAUCAUGACAAAAAAUUCAAAUUAGUUUUAGUAUUUAAGUUUAGAUUUCUAAUUCAAAUUAUAAUUUUAGAAGAUAAAGACCUUUCUAAAUAGAAAGGUUUUAGGAUUAUCUUUUCUUUUGUGCAUAAAAUAAUGACUAUGCCUCAGUUACCCUAUCUGUAACAUAGGGGAUCAAAGUAGUUCAAAUUGUUACAUAAAGACAAAAUGACAUGUACUUUUAAGUUACAUCAUCCAGUGCCUGGCACUAGAAAUAUGUAAGGAAUGCCAGCCAAUACUGUUACAACCACACAAGAGCAAAGCACCCACACCAAGAGCAAAGCAAGGGAUCUGAGGAGGAGAGAGAGGGGGCUGGGCAGAAAUAUCAGACCAUGACACCAGUGGUUACUAGAGCUAAUGCAGAAAUUUUACAGAGACAAGGAGAUCAACACCACCAAAUAUGGGCUAACAUGGGAAGGACAAGAAUAUGAAAACAUUAAAACAACUUCAGCAGAGUUAGCUGGCUAAACCACACUAAAAGGCAAAGUGCCUGAGGGGGGACACUUGAUGGGAUGAGCACUGGGUGUUAUUCUGUAUGUUGGUAAAUUGAACACCAAUAAAAAUUAAUUUAUUAAAAAAAAUAAUAAAAAAAAAUAAAAGGCAAAGUGCCAAGAGAAUGUGAAUAGGCAGCCAAGUUCAACCUUAGAAAAUAAUGAAAAAAGACCAGAAGGAACUAUCCCUGUGGGUAUAUGCACCUCCUUGUCACUUUUUAUUAUCAAGGACUCUUCUGUAUUGUUUUUAAAAUCCAAUUGAAGAGCUCUGGGUAUGUUUAAACAAAGGAAAAAAUUGGGCACCUGGGUGGCUCAGUCGGUUAAGCGUCUGCCUUCAGCUCAUG